UAUUACAGUAGACAGCCCACCCACCUACCUGUAUAUAGCUACCUUCCGGGUGCCAAAUGCUGGCCUCUCGCCGCCGCCCCGCGUGAAGCCAUCAAGCCGUCAAGCCGUCAAGCCGCGAGAGCCAUGGCCACGAUUGCCCUCUCCCGACCCGUGGCCUCCCACCGCCCCUCGUCCAACAUCAGCCCGCUGACCCCGACCAUCACGCUCGACAGCCAUCCCUCACAAUGUCCCGGCCCCGUGCCCAACAAGCACAUCCCCGUGUGCCCUCCCGGGCCCAUGCCCCAGGAGGAGCCCUCCACGCCGCCCCGGUCGCCCGGCAAGGAGGAGGAACAGCUGCCCCGCUCGCUGCUGUACCCCCCGGAUAAGUUCCACCGCGUCGAGAUGGGCCGCCUCGCCGUCUACAAGAUUGACGCCGACGGCGUAGCCGCCGCGCUCGACCAUCUUGCCCGCCAACCGCUGCCCGAGCCGUCGCAGGUCUUCCCCUGGCUGCAUGGGCUCCAUCCCAACAACCAGAUUCAGCAAGCCUUCUUCAUGGCCCAGAAACGCGCCCUGAGGAGGACGCCCCCGUGCCUGCGCGGCAUAACCAUCGUCAAGGCCGACGGCGAGCUGAACGUGUCUCGCCUGAAGGGCGCCAUCGCUCCGCACGAGUUCCUGCAGCUGGGCGGUUCCGCCCCCGAGUUUCUCGACGUCGACCCCAAGGACGGCUUCUCGGUCCGCAACUUCCAGAUCCAGGCCGCCAAGUCGGCUAUGACCUCCGACAUAAUCGUCUAUGGUGACGACGACGCGGCCGUGCGCAAGCUGGGCUGGGACAUCGCCGGCGCCCAGCAGAGAUGGCGCGACAAGCACGAGGCCCUGAACCACCACCUGCCACCCUACAGCACCUUUAUUUGCGUGAGCCCCUUCGCCGAGUUCGAGAAGAGGCACCCCGAGAUCGUAGCCGUCAAUUCGGCCGGCCUGCUGACCGGCAAUGUCCUGGACUUCUUCCACCAGGAGCGGAGGGAGAUGUACGAGAUGACGCGCGCGUCCGAGAUCUCGCCCAACGUGUGGCUCGGCCCGACGCCCGAGCCUGGCUCCGAGGACGAGCAGGGCUACGACAUCCUGAUCGAGUGCAGCGACCUAGGCCGGCUGAACCCGGCCGCGCUCCGCGCGAUCUCGGAGGGCCCCGACGACGAGUCCAAGCAGUUCCACCUCGACUUCCCCUCCUCAGGCAGCAUCCUCGCCCCGACCUGGUCGCACGCCGAAGCAGACGGCAUCGUCGAAACUUGCAAGUGGAUCUACCACCUCGCCCACGGCACCCGUCCUGGCCCCCCAGCCGACGAACAACAACCGCAGCACCCCGACGCCGACGGGGACAUCCCCAUGACAGCGAUAACUACCGCCACCACUGCCACAGCACGCCCGCGCAGCAUCCUCAUCCACUGCGGCGACGGCUACACCGAGUCGACCAUGCUCGCCGUCGCCUACCACAGCUUCAGCACCGGCCGCCCCGUGCCGGCCGCCUGGCUGGACCUGCACACGUCCCAGCAGCGCAACUGCUUCGCCUAUCCGGCCGACGUGGCCCUACUAUCAGCCAUCAACCAGCGCCUGCUGCAGGCGUCGCCCGCCGCCGCCGCCGCCGCGGCGCACGACGGGCCGGCACCCGAGGAGCCGCGCUGGUUCGCCGGCUUCGACGGCUCGUUCCCAAGCCGCAUCCUGGACUACCUGUACCUGGGCAACCUGGGCCACGCGAACAACCCGGAUCUGCUCAAGGCCCUGGGCAUCGGGCAGAUCCUCAGCGUCGGCGAGACCGCCAUGUGGCGCGACGGCGAGCUGGACGAGUGGGGGCCCGAGAAUACGUGCGUCGUGCAGGGCGUGCAGGACAACGGCAUCGACCCGCUGACGGACGAGUUUGAGCGCUGCUUGGCGUUUAUCGACCGCGGCCGCGCCAAUGGCACAGCCACGCUCGUGCACUGCCGCGUCGGCGUCUCGCGCAGCGCGACCAUCUGCAUCGCCGAGGUCAUGGGCAGACUGCGCAUGUCCUUCCCGCGCGCCUACUGCUUCGUGCGCGCCCGCCGCCUCAACGUCAUCAUCCAGCCACACUUGCGCUUCGCCUACGAGCUGCUGAAGUGGGAGGAGAUCCUGCAAAGCAGAGGCGGCAACGGCAGCGGCGCUGAUGGCAGCGAGGGUGCACAAGAGGAGAGGCGCGGCGGUUUCAAGAGGGAGCUUGAGUGGGCCGAGAUCGCGCGCGAGAUUGCGCUGAUGAAUCGUCCUUACGCACGAUGAGCUAUCCUCCUUUGCGUGUCUGUGUGUCUGUGUGUGCGUUGUGUGGAUAUGCCGGAAGAGUCCUGAAAAG